AGAGAACGCACGCCGGAAAAUGAACAAUUUUCCCACCAACCGAACAGCAAAAAAAAAAAAAAAAAAAGGGGGGGGGGGGGGGGGGGUGGGCGGAAUAAGAAGAUGAAGAGGAAGAGGAUAUCAUUGGAACCUCUCAAGCAUCCCUUUUCCUCUCACCUUCUUCGUGAGCACAGCGAAACCCCACACUUUCAUUCCAUGGGAGACGCAGACAGGCAGACAGCGACCCUUCAAAAUCAACUGAUUUCAAAAUCUUUUACUCCCACUCCUAGUCCGACUACUCUGGAAUUGAAAUCAUUCAAUUCCAGAUCUCUGCUUGAAUGAAAUUCUCGUAUUUUGUUGCAUUUGCUUUUGCUGUCGACUCUGUUUUCUCGGACAUUUACUUCGAAGAAUUCAAAGCACAUGGGGUUUCAGAGACCACUGCAUGCCGUCACUUCCCCACACCUAAACGCGUCUCCUAAGCUUCUUGUAACCUUCUUCCCAACCCCUACCUCUCUCUCUCUCUCUCUGUGCCGUGUUUUGUUUAAUUCUCUUUAUCAUUCUUCCACACUGUUUCUUGAUCAGUCGAACUACGCUUUAUCAGUUCCUUUCCACCAUUACGCGGUUGGUGUUUGGAAAAUUGGAUUGAAUGUUGGGGUUUAAGGGCUUCAAAUUUUAAACCCAAUUUAUCAACAAAUCCUGCAUAGUGAUGACCGCGUUUUUUGUUUCGGCGACGCCGAAAAAUUGAUAUUAUAAGCAUUAUUGGUUAUUACCAUAUCGAAUCUGCGCUUGACUUUUUGAUUAGCGCGUUUUUUUAUAUAUAAUUCAACUGAAGGUUCCAUGAAUCUUCGUCCGUGAAUGGGUCAAUCUUCUUCCUUCUUAUAGAGUGGAAGUCGAGCACGUUGGUUGCUAGGUGACCGGGGCUAGGAUUUUUGCUGUUUCCAUUGUUGUCUAUUUUCGGUGGGAGGUUUUGAUGUCGCGGAAAAGGUCACUUUGGGAUGAUGAUGGUGAUGGUGAUGAUGAUAAUGAGGAUGAUUGUUUGGAGGUUCCAGUUCGACCAUUGAAACGACAACUUCCUUUUCAGAACUGUUGUACUGGGUUUCUGAACUUGACCGGGAAGGAAAUUCUGUCCAAGUUGGAACCAUUGAUCCGAAAGGCGGUGAGGGAGGAGGUGGAACAUGCAAUUGAACCCUAUGUUCAAUCAUCUCGAAGAUCAUCAUCUCCUCAGAUUGAAUCAUCUGAGUAUAGAGGCUGGCAGCUGCAUUUCCUUAAUAAUCUGCCCGCUACCCUUUUCACGGGCAACAGGGUGGAAGCCGAGGAUGGUGCACCCCUUAAAGUAGUUAUAGUUGAUGCCAGCUCCAAGAAACUUAUAACAUAUGGUCCACUAUCCUCGAUAAAGAUUGAAAUUCUAGCACUUAAUGGCGAUUUUGAACGAGAAGAGUGGACUGAUCAGAAAUUCAACGCAAGUAUUGUACAGGCAAGAGAUGGUAAAAGGCCAUUAGUGACUGGGGAUCGGACCAUUACAUUGAGAGAUGGAAUUGGUUCUCUCAGUGACAUUGCUUUCACUGAUAAUUCAAGUUGGAUAAGAAGUCGAAAAUUCAGGCUGGGAGCUAGAAGCGUGCAAAGUGAACUUAAAGUUAGAGAGGCAAUAAGUGAAGCUUUUAUGGUGAAGGAUCAUCGCGGGGAGUUGUAUAAAAAGCACCACCCUCCAUCCUUGGCUGACGAAGUCUGGCGUUUGGAAAAAAUAGCAAAAGAUGGUGCAUCCCACAAGCGGUUGUCGUCCAACAAUAUCGAAACUGUGAAAGACUUUCUGCAGUCGUAUUAUACCAAUGAAUCCUCACUGCGCCAUAUGCUUGGUGGGGCUACCGCAACCAAGAUAUGGGACACAAUUAUAGGACAUGCAAAAGCUUGUCCCAUAAAUGAUGGCAAGUUUUAUGUGCAUAAUGAAGGUUCUCAAGGGGUUGGGCUUAUCUUCAAUUCUGUCUACAAAGUUGUGGGGGCAAUCUUCAAUGGAACCUUGCGGUCUUCGGACAAACUUAAUUCUGAUGAGGAGUAUACAGUGAGCACUUUGAAGCAGCACGCAUAUAAACAUUUGAACGACUUGGUCCAGAUUGACGACCCAUUUCUUAGCAGUCUAACUCUUGGCCCACGCUUACCUGAGUUCCCAGAUGCAACCCUAGGUCAACCCGAAGCCCUGCUGGGUUUCAACCCUUCUUCAUCGUCAUACCAAGUCGAAGAUCGCAAUCAAGUGCUUGCUCUGACACCAGGGAACAACUUUGUGAUGGAAGAUUAUUUCUCUGAACCCUAUAGUGGCGGAAACAUUUGGGCUGCAAGCGGACUUCCUGGACAAGUUGCACUGACCAAUAAUUUAGCCGUAAAUGAUAUUUCUCAAGCUCAAGCAUCAACAUGGUCUCCCCUUCCUGCAACAUGGGGGCCAGGAAAUAGUCCAUUCCUGGCAUCUAGCAACGGAUCAGAAAUCGGGAUUAUUUCUUCACUUCCGGGUUUUGGUGUCCAUUUUUUAAGAAGCAGAUCAGGAACACCCAAAGCAAGGUGGUGUAAGAUCCGGGCAGCCGUUAUGUGCAUGAUAUCAGUCAGGCGGAAUGUGGCUGCCAGAAGAAGGCAAGGUUUUGGAUUCUGGUAGUGUAGUUUCAACUCCUAGUAUUGAAGUAAUCAGCUCUACGUUUAGGAGGUAAGCCCCCUGAAUGUGGCAGCUUAGCUUUGUAUAUAUUUUCUCUCUUCUGUCUGCAUCAACAAAACUUUAUUGUUGCAACUAUGGAUGUUAAAAGCAGUAGCGUCCAUACCCUAGAAAUCAACCCCUUUCAGUUAAGCAAUGGCGUCAAAGCACCCCUCAAAAGAAUUUAGGAAGUAGGCUUCUCUAAAAUGUGUUGGUUUUGAUCUGUAAACUUUGUUUCUUCUAAUCUCCUUCUUUCUUCCACUCCUUUGCACCUAAUGCAACAAAAUGAUUCUUGUUUAUUCUUUUUUAAAUUAGGGUUGAUGAGCAAUGCCAUAUGAUUUUGUUUAGCA